AUGUCAACUUUCGAAGAUUAUUUUUCAAUACAAACCUUCCUCAUUGUUUUGAGAGAAACAUUGGAACUGGCUAUCAUUAUAUCAGUACUUUUAGCAUUUGUACAUCAAACAUUCAAGGUCGAAGGCAAUCUCAAGAAGGAAAGAGAAUCAUCUACGCCUCUAAAUGAGUAUAAUAGUACCGAGGACCAAUUAUUAGAAGGUGCAAGCUCAGAAUCUUCCAUAGAUUCAGGGGAGGUGGACAAUGAUGUAAUUUACAGGUUUUUAAAAUUCCAAAUUUGGGUUGGUGGUUUAUUGGGAUUGGUAGUAUGUUUGUUAAUCGGAUCAUUGAUUUUAGCUGUAUUCUAUCUCGUUGGUAGCGAUUUAUGGACCAUUGCAGAACAUUAUUGGGAAGGUACUUUUUCAAUUAUUGCAAGUAUAAUUAUCUCGGUAAUGGGUAUAAAGAUCUUAAGAGUUAAUAAGAUGCAACAAAAAUGGAAGCAUAAGUUAUCUAUUAUUAUCCAAAACUCAGAUUAUGUCAAUAAAGCUAGACGUCAUGGAACUCAAAUAGGUUAUUCUAAGGAAGAGUUUUCUACGAAAUUGGCUUAUUGGUCAGAGAAGUAUUCAAUGCUCUUAUUACCUUUUAUCACCACCUUAAGAGAAGGAUUGGAAGCAAUUGUAUUCAUUGGAGGAAUUGGCAUUAACGAGAAUACCUCCAUUGUAGCAAUUGUUAAUUCAGCCAUUUUUGCAAUCAUACUAGGAACAUUCAUUGGUAUUCUUUUAUAUCGUUCUGGUAAUACUUUAUCAUUACAAUGGUUUUUAAUAUCUUCUACGUGUUUCUUAUACUUAGUUGCUGCUGGUUUGUUUUCCAAAGGAGUUUGGAAUUUUGAAUUACAACAAUUUAUAGAUGCUUGUGAUGGGUUUGAUGUAAGUGAAACAGGUCAUGGUCCGGGUUCUUAUGAUAUAACGAAAAGUGUUUGGCAUGUUGAUUGUUGCAAUGGGGAAUUGCAAGAUGAUGGUCCAUUUUGGAUGAUGUUCACUGCUGUAUUUGGCUGGACCAAUUCUGCAACAUAUGGUAGUGUUUUAAGUUACAAUUUCUAUUGGAUAGUAGUAAUUGCAGUAUUUUCUGCCUUAAUAUUUGAAGAAAAACAUGGUAGAUUACCACUUAUUCCAAUAUCAUGGCAACAAAGAAGAAUUAAGAAGAGACUUAAUCAAUUCCAACCUCUCCCAAAUGUGGAAAUAAGAGAAAGUAUUGACUCUAUUAAUUCUUCGUCACCAUUGAAUAGUUAG